UACACGUCCUCUUUUUCCUGCCUCACCCCGUGACACUCCUAGGACCCAAACUGCAAAGUGGGUGUUCUUGCAGCUGCAUUUCUCUGUCUUGGACUGGCUCUGGACCCGGCGCCAUAGUUGGAUACGGCACCGUCAUGGAGGAGGCUGACCGAAUCCUCAUCCAUUCCCUGCGCCAAGCUGGCACGGAAAUUCCUUCAGAUGUGCAGACUCUCAGAGCCUUCAGUACAGAGCUUGUUAUAGAAGCUGUGGUACGGUGCCUGCAUGUGAUCAACCCUACCCUGGCCUCUGGUCUCAGCCACAUAUUGCCUCUCGCCAUGUCUGCUCGCUUCCGUCUGGCUAUGAAUCUGGCUCAGGCUUGUAUGGAUGUGGGAUACCCUCUGGAGCUGGGCUACCAGAACUUUCUGUACCCCAGUGAGCCUGACCUCCGGGACCUGCUGCUCUUCUUGGUCGAACGUCUGCCCACUGAUGCCUCUGAGGAUAUAGACCAGCCUGCAGGUGACUCAGCUAUCCUCUUCCAUGCAAUUGGCAGUGAAAUCAGGCAGCAGCUGGCUGUGCCGUGGGUUACACCCUUCCUUCGUACUCCCAAACUGCAAUCCCUCCAGGGCCAAGCCCCCAAGAAUCCUUUCCAUGCCAGCAGGAUACUCAUGCCUGAGGUAGACAGCAGAGAAGAAUUCCGGGAGUUCCAGGCAAGUGCCCAGCUGCUCCCAGCACCUGCCCAGGUGCUCAAGACUGCAGGGAGGGCAGCAUCUCUGCUGGAACACCAUGCCCUCCAGCUCUGUGAGCACAUAGGCCAGGACCAGCCUGGAGAUGAAGUUUGGGUUCCCCGUGCAACCCGUCUCCCCAUCCAGGAGGACACACAGACACAGUGGCAGCGACUGAAGAAGCACCUGGCAGAGCAACUGCACCAGACCUACAGCCAGCUGGGGGUUCCCGUGCCCACUCGAGACUUGGGUGAAAUGCUGCAGGCCUGGGGUUCUGGGGCCAGGGCCGAUACUCCCAAGGGCUCCCGCUUCAUGCACUCAGAGAAGUUCACCUUCCAUGGGGAGCCUAAGGCACAGGUAGCCCUGGUGUCAGAUAUGCCUAUCCCCUCCCAGAGGCCUCAACAGGACAUACAGGCAUCUCAAGAGCAGGAGCUAGUGUCACUUCAGGAGGAGCUAGACAAUGUGGAACGUAGCAUUGAUGAAUUUGAAACCAGCAUGAAGACACUGGGCCUCAACCUUGCACAGGUGGAGACAGAGUGUCAACAGAAUGAGCUGAGCAUGGCCGAGCAGGAGCAGGUGCUACGCCUCAAGAGCCGGGCUGUGGAGCUGCUGCCUGAUGGGGCUGCCAACCUCACCAAGCUCCAGCUCCUGGUAGAGAGCAGUGCCCAGCGGGUCAUCCACUUGGCAGGCCAAUGGGAGAAGCACCGGGUUCCCCUCCUUGAUGAAUAUCGCCAUCUACGUCAGCUCCAGGAUUGCAGAGAGCUGGAAUCUUCUCGACAGCUCAGUGAGAUUCAAGAACUGCACCAGAGUGUCCGGGCAGCUGCUGAAGAGGCCCGGAGGAAGGAGGACAUCUAUAAGCAACUAGUGUCAGAGCUGGAGAGCUUGCCCAGAGAUGUGUCCCGGUUGGCUUAUACCCAGCGUAUCCUGGAAAUUGUGGGCAACAUUCGGAAGCAGAAGGAAGAAAUCACAAAGAUCUUGUCCGACACAAAGGCACUUCAGAAGGAAAUCAAUUCCCUCUCUGGGAAGCUGGACCGGACAUUUGCUGUGACUGAUGAGCUGGUUUUCAAGGAUGCCAAGAAGGAUGAUGCAGUACGGAAGGCCUACAAGUACUUAGCUGCUCUGCAUGAGAAUUGCAGCCAGCUCAUCCAGACCAUUGAGGACACUGGCACCAUUAUGCGUGAGGUUCGAGACCUCGAGGAGCAGAUUGAGACAGAGAUGGGCAAGAAAACCCUCAGCAACCUAGAGAAGAUCCGUGAGGACUACAGGGCCCUUCGCCAGGAGAAUGCUGGCCUGCUAGGCCGGAGCCAUGAAGCCUGAGGAGUCCCCAGCAGAGGCUUCCUGUUUCAAAAGACCAACUAGAAGCCAUAAGAAUGGAACUCCCCACAGCUUGCAGUCCUCAAGUCUGCAGACUCUCUUUCCCUCCCUCCUGUUACAAAGGAAGAGGGAGCCCCUCUUCUCUGUUGGGCCAUUUCCCCCCACUUGUGCUCUGGGUGUCAUUUUUUGGUUAGUUGAUCCAGUGUUGCAUACCAUUAGUUCCCCUUCUUGCAGCUUUUAACGGUUCUGCUUGCUGAAUCCUCUCUUGACCUUUAUACACUCCAGUGGCUAUGCUCUCCUUUGACCCUUCUAUCUGUCUCUUCUGCUCUUAUAAACCCCUUCAUUUCCCUCUUUAUCUUUUUUGCUAACCAUCCUCAAAGAAAUUUCUCUCCUUGCUUUGAUCCACCACCACGUAGAUUCUGUAUCUGGGUUUCUUUGUAGUUAGGGUUGGGUCAUACCCAGCAGUGCUAAGGGAUAAUUCCUGGCCAUAUUGGGUGCCAAGGAUAAAGUGGGUUAGCAGGGUGUGAGACAAGGGCCUU